GUCUGUCAUUGACGUAUUAUACAUUGUAUAUUUAGCCUCUUAUAUAUUGUUCAGAAGCAACACAAUGCAGACUAUUGGAAGAAUUGACUAUCCGGUUAUACCCUUUGAAGGGGAUAUUCCUGGUGGGUUACAACCAGGAAAACAGAUCUUUGUUCAAGGAGAUUUUUCACAAAUUCCAGGGAGUGAUUAUAGUUUUGGCAUUAAUUUCAAAUGUGGGAGAGGACAAGGGACAGACAUUGCUUUUCACUUCAACCCGAGGGUCAGCCAGAAAUGUGUGGUGCGCAACACAUUAAGAAACGGAGCUUGGGAGCAAGAGGAAAGAGGUGGUCCAAUGCCAUUUGGUGUUGGUCAACAGUUUGAAAUUAUUUUUGCUGUGGACCAAUAUCAGUUCAAGGUGGCAGUGAAUGGUCAACAUUUUACGGAGUUCCGUCACCGCAUUCCAGUAGAACGAAUCAACACAUUACAGAUAUCAGGUGCCGUAAGCAUCAAGGUCAUUAGAUUCGACUCUCCUUACACGGGUCCACCAACUGUACCUUUCCCAUCACCGCAGAACAUAGGCUUUGGUAUCGCACCACCUGCAGGAUUCAUGCCACCACCUUAUACUGCAGGAUGUGUACCCCAGCCACAAUGCUGGGGCUGUACACCACCACAGCCCCCGAGCUCAGGGAACUCUCCAGUCUCCUACCCCCCAGCCUACCCCUCACAGCCUCAGGAUCCUAUAUACAACCCAGCGAUUCCUUUCAUGGGCUACAUCCCUCCAUCUGGUAUGACACCGGGCAAACUUAUCCACAUAACAGGGGUUACUGGACCAAACAGGUUUUCAGUAAAUAUCCAGGAUAAUGCUGGGGGAAGCUGUGAUAUUGCCUUCCAUUUUGAUGUGAGGAUUAAUCUUGGAAAUCAAGUGAAUGAAAUUGUACGCAACAGUAAAACAAACGACCAGUGGGGACCUGAGGAGACACAGAAGCCUUACUUUCCAUUCCAACCAAAUACCAACUUUGACAUGAUGAUCCUGUGUGAGCCACAGUGCUUCAAGGUUGCUGUUGAUGGGAAGCACUUUAUUGAGUUCAAGCACCGCUUACAACCCUUGGAUCGUUUCCGUUUCUUGGGCAUAGUGGGUGAUGUCAAGGUCACACAGAUUAGGAUUCAGUAAAACACAUCAGUGACCCAGAUGUAAAAGAGGAAUGUCUUGACCAUUGAUUUACUUUCACAUGUAUAUGUAUAUUUAUAUUUUCAUUGUGUUUAUUUCAUGAGCAUGUUUGUUUAAAUCUUUAGCUUUCAAAUAAAGGACUUGCUUUUUGUUAAUGUAUAUAUUACUUGUAUUAUAUUUGAUGUAUU